AUGAGUAAUCAGAAGAUUCAGAAGCCAACGCUUACAGGCCAGCGUUUUAAAACUAGGAAGAGAGGUGGGUGUAAACUGAAUGUAUUACUAUCAUGACUGGCAAUAUUCUGUUAUGAUUUUGUGUCCCUAAUGAAUGCAUUGAUCUUUCAACAGAUGAAAAGAAGGUGUUUGACCCUACUCAGUUUCAGGAAACCAUUGUACAAGGUCUGAACCAAACUGGCAGUGAUCUCGACGCUGUUGCGAAAUUUCUUGAUGCCUCUGGUGCCAAGCUUGACUAUCGCCGCUAUGCUGAGACACUCUUCGACAUCCUGGUGGCUGGCGGAAUGCUGGGUAAGGAUAGAAUAGAAAGGAGUGUGUGUGUGUGUGUGUGUGAAAGUCUGUAUAAUAAGGUAGUGAACGUUAUUUAUAUUGGGGGAUACCUGGAGGUAAUCGGACCUCUUUGAAAUGAAAAUGGAUGGCCCUCCCCCUGAUGAAAAUAUAUUAUUACCUGGCCCUCCCCGAGCGUAAAAAAUAAUAAUAUAUAUAUAUAUAUAUAUAUAACCCUCCGCCUCCAAAAUGAUAAUUAAAACAAAAUAGCAGGUAAUAUUAAAUCCCAUAUUAGGCUAUCAAUGAUGUUGCUGUCGUGAUUUUUAUCAAAUCAAACCGUGGUUGAGAACUACAGCUGUGUUCAUACCAUAUUCAUUUAAGCGUUAAGGGCAUCCACACGACAAUAACGAUAAAUUAUACAUAUCUAUAAAACAUUAGAGAGCAUCCAACUAGAGGAAGGUUUAUCGUUCUACAGUAGCCUACACAUGUCAAUCAACUGAUCAAAGCAUCCUACUGCACGCUGUAGGCCUAUUAAUGUGGUAACACAGACCAUUCAGUGCUUCAUGGUGUGUUUGUUGUCAUAUUGACAACUGCAAAUAAUACCAGCGUAGAAAAAUAAUAUUACAUGUAGAAAUUCAACAAGAAAUGCUGUUUAGCGUGUGCAUCUUUUACAUGUCAUUGCUUGCCUCGUUGCUCAAUGGAUAAUGGAUGUCAAUUCGUUGGCCUCUUUUUCGCUGCUCAGAACUGUCUGUCCUGUGCAACCAUUUUAAUAGGCUACAUCAGUGCAACAAUGUUAUCAUCACUGGCCAGUGACACACUCUCUCUCUGCAACUUUCCCCGACAAUUAAUAGGUCUAUUUUACAUUCAGCAAUUAGCAAGAGCAAUUCUGCUUCUCUCCAUAAAAAGCCUAUUAGGCCUAGUAUAAAAAAUUGCUUUUGUGGCCUAUAGCUUUUUGGGGGAUUUCACGGGAAGAGGAAUAGCGGAGAGGCUUGCGUCCAUAGCCUAUUAAGCAAGGGAGUAGCUUGAAGAGAGUGGCUAGAGUUGUGUAGCCGAAGAAGCUAGAUAUUAGGCCACUCAUGAACUAAAUAUUAGAGCUAUAAAUAUUUACCUGUCAAAGUGAGAGAGAAAAAACAGUAUAUAUUAUGUAAUGGCAGAUCUGUGCGUACCUCCAGGCUGCACUCUGCAGCAGUCGGGCACGCAAAGCUCCACACUCGGUUAGGGUGACGUUUUUAGACUAACAUUAUUCUACCUAGGCUACAACAACACAGAGCAAUGAGGAAUGUAUUAUUGUUAUCAAGUGAGUACACAAUUAUUGGCUUGGGCUGUAAAUGCAGGGAUGUAGGCUCAUUUUAAUUUGUUUUGUUUUAUUAGGAUCCCCAUUUAGCUGUUGCAAUUGCAGCAGCUAGUCUUCCUGGGGUCCACACAAAACAUUUAGCAUGACCUAAUACAAAACAUUACUAGACAAGAACUGCUUAAGGAUAGAACAUACAGUUAAAGUCUGAAGUUUACAUACAGUUAUCAUUAAAACUCAUUUUUCAACCACUCCACCCAAUUCUUGUUAACAAACUAUAGAUUUGGCAAGUCGGUUAGGAUAUCUACUUUGUGCAUGACACAAGUAAUUUUACAAACAAUUGUUUACAGGCAGAUUAUUUCACUUAUAAUUCACUGUAUCACAAUUCCAGUGGGUCAGAAGUUUACGUACACUAAGUUGAAUGUGCCUUUAAACAGCUUGGAAAAGUGUGUGCAAGCAAGGAGGCCUACAAACCUCACUCAGUUACACCAGCUCUUUCAGGAGGAAUGGGCCAAAAUUCACCCAAAGUAUUGUGGGAAGCUUGUGGAAGGCUACCUGAAACGUUUGACCCAAGUUAAACAAUUUAAAGGCAAUGCUACCAAAUACUAGUUGUGUAUGUAAACUUCUGAACCACUGGGAAUGUGAUGAAAUAAAUAAAAGCUGAAAUAAAUAAUUAUCUCUAUUAUUUUGACAUUUCACAUUCUUAAUAUAAAGUGGUGAUCCUAACUGACCUAAGACAGGGAAUUUUUACUAGGAUUAAAUGUCAGGAAUUGUGAAAAACUGAGUUUAAAUGUAUUUGGCUAAGGUGUAUGUAAACGUCCGACUUCAACUGUAGCUGUUAGGGUAAGUGGGUGUGUCAGUGCUGUGUGUAAGUUCACUAUGCAAACAAUUUGGAAUUUAACGCAAAGCUUCUAAAAACAAAAAUUGAUGCAGUCAGUUGCAACUGUACUUUUAGCUAAGAGAGACUGGCAUGAAUAGUAUUGAUAUUAGCCCUCUGAUUACGGUGAAGAGCAAGACCGCUUAAAUGUCCUGUUUUGAAUGCUUCAUGCCGAAUAACAGUUUUAUCUGUCACAUGCGCCGACUACAACUGGUGUAGACUUUACUGUCAAAUGCUUGUUUACGAGCCAUUCCCAACAAUGAAGAGUUUUAAAAUAAAAUAGUAACGUGGAAUAAAAUACACAAGUAUGGAGCUAUAGUUGAAGUCUGAAGUUUACAUACACCUUAGCCAAAUACAUCUAAACUCAGUUUUUCACAAUUCCUGACAUUUUUAAUCCUAGUAAAAAUUCCCUGUCUUAGGUCAGUUAGGAUCACCACUUUAUUUUAAGAAUGUGAAAUGUCAGAAUAAUAGUAGAGAGUGAUUUAUUUCAGCUUUUAUUUAUUUCAUCACAUUCCCAGUGGGUCAGAAGUUUGCUCAAUUAGUAUUUGGAAGCAUUGCCUUUUAAAUUGUUGAACUUGGGUCAAAUGUUUCGGGUAGCCUUCCACAAGCUUCCCACAAUAAGUUGGGUGAAUUUUGGCCCAUUCCUCCUGAUAGAGAUGGUGUAACUGAGUCAGGUUUGUAGGCCUCCUUACUCGCACACGCUUUUUCAGUUCUGCCCACAAAUUGUCUAUAGGAUUGAGAUCAGGGCUUUGUGAUGGCCACUCCAAUACCUUGACUUUGUUGUCCUUAAGCCAUUUUGCCACAACUUUGGAAGUAUGCUUGGGGUCAUUGUCCAUUUGGAAGACCCAUUUGCGACCCAGCUUUAACUUCCUGACUGAUGUCUUGAGAUGUUGCUUCAAUAUAUCCACAUAAUUUUCCUUCCUCAUGAUGCCAUCUUUUUGUGAAGUGCACCAGCCCUCCUGCAGCAAAGUACCCCCACAGCAUGAUGCUGCCACCCCGUGCUUCAUGGUUUGGAUGGUGUUCUUCGGCUUGCAAGCUACCCCCUUUUUCCUCCAAACAUAAUGAUGGUCAUUAUGGCCAAACAGUUCUUUGUCCCAAUGUGCAGUUGCAAACCGUAGUCUGGCUUUUUUAUGGCGGUUUUGGAGCAGUGGCUUCUUCCUUGCUGAGCGGCCUUUCAGGUUAUGUCGAUAUAGGACUCGUUUUACUGUGGAUAUACAGUGGGGAAAAAAGUAUUUAGUCAGCCACCAAUUGUGCAAGUUCUCCCACUUAAAAAGAUGAGAGAGGCCUGUAAUUUUCAUCAUAGGUACACGUCAACUAUGACAGACAAAUUGAGAAUUAUUUUCUCCAGAAAAUCACAUUGUAGGAUUUUUUUAUGAAUUUAUUAGCAAAUUAUGGUGGAAAAUAAGUAUUUGGUCACCUACAAACAAGCAAGAUUUCUGGCUCUCACAGACCUGUAACUUCUUCUUUAAGAGGCUCCUCUGUCCUCCACUCGUUACCUGUAUUAAUGGCACCUGUUUGAACUUGUUAUCAGUAUAAAAGACACCUGUCCACAACCUCAAACAGUCACACUGCAAACUCCACUAUGGCCAAGACCAAAGAGCUGUCAAAGGACACCAGAAACAAAAUUGUAGACCUGCACCAGGCUGGGAAGACUGAAUCUGCAACAGGUAAGCAGCUUGGUUUGAAGAAAUCAACUGUGGGAGCAAUUAUUAGGAAAUGGAAGACAUCCAAGACCACUGAUAAUCUCCCUCGAUCUGGGGCUCCACGCAAGAUCUCACCCCGUGGGGUCAAAAUGAUCACAAGAACGGUGAGCAAAAAUCCCAGAACCACACGGGGGGACCUAGUGAAUGACCUGCAGAGAGCUGGGACCAAAGUAACAAAGCCUACCAUCAGUAACACACUACGCCGCCAGGGACUCAAAUCCUUCAGUGCCAGACGUGUCCCCCUGCUUAAGCCAGUACAUGUCCAGGCCCGUCUGAAGUUUGCUAGAGUGCAUUUGGAUGAUCCAGAAAAGGAUUGGGAGAAUGUCAGAUGAAACCAAAAUAUAACUUUUUGGUAAAAACUCAACUCGUCGUGUUUGGAGGACAAAGAAUGCUGAGUUGCAUCCAAAGAACACCAUACCUACUGUGAAGCAUGGGGGUGGAAACAUCAUGCUUUGGGGCUAUUUUUCUGCAAAGCGACCAGGACGACUGAUCCGUGUAAAGGAAAGAAUGAAUGGGGCCAUGUAUCGUGAGAUUUUGAGUGAAAACCUCCUUCCAUCAGCAAGGGCAUUGAAGAUGAAACGUGGCUGGGUCUUUCAGCAUGACAAUGAUCCCAAACACACCGCCCGGGCAACGAAGGAGUGGCUUCGUAAGAAGCAUUUCAAGGUCCUGGAGUGGCCUAGCCAGUCUCCAGAUCUCAACCCCAUAGAAAAUCUUUGGAGGGAGUUGAAAGUCUGUGUUGCCCAGCGACAGCCCCAAAACAUCACUGCUCUAGAGGAGAUCUGCAUGGAGGAAUGGGCCAAAAUACCAGCAACAGUGUGUGAAAACCUUGUGAAGACUUACAGAAAAUGUUUGACCUGUGUCAUUGCCAACAAAGGGUAUAUAACAAAGUAUUGAGAAACUUUUGUUAUUGACCAAAUACUUAUUUUCUACCAUAAUUUGCAAAUAAAUUCAUUAAAAAUCCUACAAUGUGAUUUUCUGGAUUUUUUUUUUACCCAUGAUGAAAAUUACAGGCCUCAUCUUUUUAAGUGGGAGAACUUGCACAAUUGGUGGCUGACUAAAUACAUUUUUUCCCCACUGUAGAUACUUUUGUACCUGUUUCCUCCAGCAUCUUCACAAGGUCCUUUGCUGUUGUUCUGGGAUUGAUUUGCACUUUUCGCACCAAAGUACGUUCAUCUCUAGGAGACAGAACGCGUCUCCUUCCUGAGCAGUAUGAUGGCUGCGUGGUCCCAUGGAGUUUAUACUUGCCUACUAUUGUAUUGUUUGUACAGAUGAACAUGGGACCUUCAGGCGUUUGGAAAUUGCUCCCAAGGAUGAACCAGACUUGUGGAGGUCUACAAUUGUUUUUCUGAGGUCUUGGCUGAUUUCUUUUGAUUUUCCCAUAAUGUCAAGCAAAGAGGCACUGAGUUUGACUGUAGGCCUUGAAAUACAUCCACAGGUACACCUCCAAUUGACUCAAAUGAUGUCAAUUAGCCUAUCAGAAGCUUCUAAAGCCAAGACAUCAUUUUCUGGAAUUUUCCAAGCUGUUUAAAGGCGCAGUCAACAUAGUGUAUGUAAACUUCUGACCCACUGGAAUUGUGAUACAGUGAAUUAUAAGUGAAAUAAUCUGUCUGUAAACAAUUGUUGGAAAAAGUACUUGUGUCAUGCACAAAGUAGAUGUCCUAACCGACUUGCCAAAACUAUAGUUUGUUAAGAAAAAAUGUGUGGAGUGGUUGAAAAAUGAGUUUUAAUGAUUCCAACCAAAGUGUAUGUAAACUUCCAACUUUAACUGUAUAUACAGGGAGUACCAUAUAGCCUAUGCAUGAUUAUGCAAUCAUUUGGAUCAGUUAUGUAUCUUUUUCUCUAUAGUUAACAUGGUCCAGAAAGGUCCAGUCAAGUUUGGACACACCUACUCAUUCAAGGGUUUUUCUUUAAUUGUACUAUUUUCUACAUUGUAGAAUAAUAGUGAAGACAUCAAAACUAUGGAAUAACACAUAUGGAAUCAUGUAGUAACCCAAAAAGUGUUAUACAAAUCAAAAUAUAUUUGAGAUUCUUCAAAUCGCCACCCUUUUCCUUGAUGACAGCUUUGCACGCUCUUGGCAUUCUCUCAUCCAGCUUCACCUGGAAUGCUUUUCCAACAGUCUUGAAGGAGUUCCCACAUAUGCUGAGCACUUGUUGGCUGCUUUUCCUUCACUCUGCGGUCCAACUCAUCCUAAACCAUCUCAAUUGGGUUGAGGUCAGGGGAUUGUGGAGGCCAGGUCAUCUGAUUUCAGCACUCCAUCACUCUCCUUCUUGGUCAAAUAGCCCUUACACAGCCUGGAGAUUGCUAAUUCAUUGUCCUGUUGAAAAACAAAUGAUAGUCCCACUAUGCGCAAACCGGAUGGGGUGGCGUAUCGCUGCAGAAUGCUGUGGUAGCCAUGCUGGUUAAGUGUGCCUUGAAUUCUAAAUAAAUCACCAGCAAAGCACCCCCACAUCAUCAUACCUCCAUGCUUCUCGGUGGGAACCACACAUGCGGAGAUCAUCCAUUCACCUACUCUGCAUCUCACAAAGACGGCGGUUGGAACCAGAAAUCUCAAAUUUGAACUCAUCAGACCAAAGGACAGAUUUCCACUGGUCUAAUGUCCAUUGCUGGUGUUUCUUGGUCGAAGCAAUUCGACAAUGAAGGCCUGAUUCACACGGCCUCAUCUGAACAGUUGAUGUUGAGAUGUGUCUGUUACUUGAACUCUGAAGCAUUUAUUUGGCCUGCAAUUUCUGUGGCUGGUAACUCUAAUGAACUUAUCCUCUGGUGCAGAGGUAACUCUGGGUCUUCCUUUCUUGUGGCGGUCCUCAUGAGAGCCAGUUUCAUCAUAGCACCUGAUGGUUUUUGCGACUUUAAAGUAAUGGACUGUCGUUUUUCUUUGCUUAUUUGAGCUGUUCUUGCCAUAUUAUGGACUUGGUCUUUUACCAAGUAAGGCUAUCUGCUGUAUACCACCCCUGCCUUGUCACAACACAACUGAUUGGCUCAAAUGCAUUAAAUAACUUUUUUUAACAAGACACACCUGUUAAUUGAAAUGCAUUCCAGGUGACUACCUCAUGAAGCUGGUUGCGAGAAUGCCAAGAGUGUGCAAAGCUGUCGUCAAGGCAAAGGGUGGCUACUUUGAAAAAUCUGAAAUUAUAAAAUAUAUUUGGAUUUGUUUAACACUUUUUUUGGGUACUACAGGAUUCCAAAUGUGUUUCAUAGUGUUUGUUUUCACUAUUAUUCUACAAUGUAAAAAUAAAGAAAAACCCUGGAAUGAGUAGGUGUUUCCAAACUUUUGACUGGUAAACCUUCCCCCUGACUGAAAUUGAAAAAGCAUGACCCUCCGGGUACAAUUGCGUACAUUUCAACUGUCCCUAACCUUCACUUUUGUUUUCUUCUUUUUCAGCCCCAGGGGGUACCUUGUCAGAUGACUUGACCCGUACAGAGUUCUGUCUCUUUACAGCCCAAGAAGACCUGGAGACCAUGCAAGCAUAUGCUCAGGUACACUUGUGCAAUGGAGUUUAUUGGUUUAGCAAUAAAGAGCUGAAGAUGAUGAUGCCUUGACUUGUCUCUUUUUUUGCUUCACUACAUUAGUAACUGUGGUUCAAACCCCUUUCCCUCUUGUACUGAAGGAAAAGGUUGAUUAUGAUACAAGUUUUAACGAUGCAUCUUUCCUACAAUGGCUGAAGAUGUAACAUUUGUGUCUCAUAACGCCACUCCGAGAGAACGUUCGCUUAGUGCGUCGUUGAGGUGCGUGUCGAUACUGAUAGGAUCGAAAGAAAGGCAGUGCUGCUCUCGGUUCAGCUUUCUCCAUUCAAAUCUUACCUUAACAUUGUAAUUAUUCCACAAUACUAACGCUGGAUCAGGCCCUAGAGAGAUUUUGGCUGCAAUUAUUGAGGUGGCUUAUCCUAAUGCUUACCCUAUAAUAAUGCAUUAAAUCAAGAUUUUGCACAUCAUUGCGCACAUGGUAGGCUACACAUGAAAUAUAUUGAGGCAAAAAUUAGACUAGCCAAAUAGCAAAAUAAAACUAGAUUGAAUGAACAGAAAAUUGCUUUCAAUAUCAUUGAAAUACAGUAUAUAGGCCUAUGUAACCUAUACUGUUGGUGGGCAAUUUAUCUUUUAAUGCAGUCAUCUUGGUUUUCAUUUGAAGCAUGUUUUUUAUUCUUCACUUGUCAAAGGCAUUGGCAACUUUGUAUUUGUAGUCAAUUUCGUUGUGAAGUUAUCGGCGGUCACAGAGACUGAAAACCAUGUGAUUCUAUGUUUAGCAGAGAUCUGUGUGUAAAGUGACGUGGGAGGGCAAAAAAAGCAUCUAACAUAACACACUUAGCUGUUCUAUGGGUGGUGUAGUUCAAGUGCAACUUUAGUGACAAUGGUUUUGGGAAACCGCUCAGUUUUAACGAAGGUUCUAAUAAUUAACUUAGCCAUAAGAUGCUUUUGGGAAACCGGCCCUGACUAUUUUCCCUGUCGUUACCUAGGUUUUCAACAAGCUAAUCAGGCGUUACAAGUACCUGGAGAAAGGGUUCGAAGAGGAGAUCAAGAAGGUGAAUACAUUCUUGUUGUGCAGCAUUGUUCAAAAUGUUGCAUUCUCUUUUCUGUUGGAUCUUUCUGUUGUCACCGUAGAGUUAUUCAACUCAUUGCUGCUUCCCAAUUGACCCCCAUAGGGCUUUGGUCAAAAGUAGUGCACUAUAAAGGGAAUAGGGUGCCAUUUGGGAUACAGACUUGAUAGACUACAUUAUUGAGCCUGGCAUGAGACUUUUGCUCUAGAAUAUGCAAUUCUUUCAACUCUUGGCCGUAUGUUCCAUAGUGUUAUCCAGUUCAAAGUACAGCAUUCUAUCCAAAGUAUACUCUUGUCUUUGGAGAAUGUGCAAUUCAAGUUGGGUAAGGAUAGAAUGGAAUAUUAUUGUAUUCCAUCCUUAUACUAGCAUUCUAUUGUAUUCCAUUCUAACUUUCAGUGUUUGAGUUUCCCUCUUGUUCUUAUCUCUUGUUCAGUUGCUGCUGUUCCUAAAGGGGUUCACUGAGUCUGAGCGCAACAAGCUGGCCAUGUUGACUGGCAUCCUGCUAGCCAACGGCAACAUCUCAGCCUCAAUCCUCAACAGCCUCUACAACGAGAACCUUGUCAAAGAAGGUGUGCAGCAGUGCCAACUCAAUAGGACAAAGAUUGAGCCUAGUCCUGGACUAAAAAUCACUUUCAAUAGAGAUUUUCCAUUGAGUAUUAUUUUAAAUCUAGGACUAGGCUUAAUCUGUGUCUGGGGAAACCAGACUAUAUACUUACAAGCUCAUAUACAGUUACUUGUGAAAAGGACUUGUAGGGACUUAAGUCAAAUGAAAGUUGCAAACAUUCACUGUAAGAUGUUAAUUUACCUAGGGCGUAUUUAUUGUUUUGUCUCGUACAACAGUCCUUGUGUGUGAAAUUGCUUAAUUUCUGUUUUUACUGGGCAGGCUUGUAAAACCUCUGGAAUCAUGUCCUGUGGAAUCUGGCUUUUCACCUGGUAGACCUAAAAUAAAUGGUUUCCCAUCUUUCUUUACCCAGGUGUCUCUGCGGCCUUUGCUGUGAAACUUUUCAAAUCCUGGAUCCAUGAGAAGGACAUCAACUCUGUGGCUGGAAGUCUCCGUAAGGUCGGCAUGGAUAACAGGCUUCUGGUGAGUGAGACCACCAAUUAUGUGGGUGAUGUCCAAUCUGAAGCCCUGCUAGCUUUCCUUGGCUCAGCGUAAACAAUCAUUGGGUAGCAGGGAAGUUAAGAAAAGGGAGCUCUCAGAAUACAAAGGUUCUGUCUUUCCUUGAUUCCUCGCAUCCUAUCUCCUCACCUUCUCAAUUGUAUCGGAGAAGGUUCAAGGUCCCUCCCUUCUGACUUCACCUCUUUCCAAUGGGUUUUGAUAAGGAAGCGGUAAGAGGAUGCAAGAAAUUUAGGGAAGGUUAAUUUUGAGAGCCAAGGAGAAGCUGCUUUAUUUGGACAGGGCUUAAGCAUAAAGAUGCAAUAUAGUAGCAUGUGUUCUACUUAAUUCUGUGUGGUUAAGCCCAUUUCUACACCUUGUGUCUUGCAGGAGCUGUUUCCUGCCAACAAGCGGAGCUGUGAGCACUUCUCUAAGUACUUCACAGAUGCUGGACUCAAGGAGCUGUCGGACUUUGCCAGGAACCAGCAGGCCAUCGGGUCCCGUAAGGAGCUUCAGAAGGAGCUCCAGGAACAGAUGGAGCGCGGGGAUGCUUUCAAAGAUGUGAGUCCAAAGCCUGGCUCUAUGCUGAUUGCUGCAGGAGCACUCUGGUUGAGUUCCAUUCCCUACCCUUAACCCUUCAACGGUGCACUUGCUCUCAUUGUCCCUAAUUGAUUUAGAUGUGUUGGAUUGGUUUUAGCAUGGGAAGUGAAUUUGAGCAUACUUGGGGUAGAGAAUCAGAUCAGUCUCUGUGUUGAAGGAUAGUUUUCGAUCAUGAUUCCUCAUUUUGUUAGCAUGGGAUGGACAUGAAAUGCCCAAUAACCAGAAACAGUUCUUACUUAUGGACUUACUUUCAUACCCUCCUUUCCCUCCAGAUCAUUGCCUCAGCCAGGGAGGAGAUGAAGAAGAACAACAUCUCAGAGCAGACCAUGAUCGGCAUCGUGUGGACCAGCGUUAUGAGCUAUGUGGAGUGGAACAAGAAAGAGGAGCUGGUUACAGAACAAGCCAUCAAACACUUGAAGGUGAGCUACUUGGCUGAUUGGUUUGCACUGAUUUCAGAGCCAUCACUUCCACAUCUAACUAGAUAUGAGUAGUGUGGAGAGAAACUUGAGUACACCUUCUCUGCAGGAUUCUCACAGUCAGACAGCGUAGGUACAUGGUGCUCCACAAUGUGACGGAAGUGAGUCAUAUUGUGCUGCUGGAUUUCAUGACUUGUGGAAACACCCCCUGUCUCUCCAUAGCAAUACAGCCCCCUGCUGAAGGCGUUCACAUCCCAGGGAGCCUCUGAGAUCCUGCUGCUGGUGAAGAUGCAGGAGUACUGCUAUGACAACAUCCAUUUCAUGAACUCCUUCCAGAAGAUCGUGGUCCUGCUCUACAAAGGUAAAAGCGAUGCCUCUGCUUGGCACUCAGCAUUUAAGGAGAUGGAUUGGGGGAAAGGCCCUGGGACAGACUAGGUUCCUGUCCAGGGGGUGAACUUGUGUAUCAAGCUGCCUUACGCUACAGAAACAGGACAUAGGCUCCUGCCCUUAUGGGUUGUUCUGGCUCGGACAAGGUUUACUUACUUAGACAAAGGAAAGGAGAACAGUGAAUAGCGUUGUCUGUGUCCUCCGUCCUUGGGAAUGUCAGAGGGAAGGACCUAGGAUCCUUGUAUCCAGUGAGCUUUGAUUCCAUCUUCUGACCUCGCAUUGACCGUAGCCGCCAAAACCUUCCCACUGUGCUAAUCAAAGCGGGAUCUGCAUUGACUACCAUAAAAAGUGGGCGUUCCUAUUCCGCUUUGCCCAGCGGAGCAGAAUCAAUGGCCAUAGUGAAAGCGGUGGAAAUACUGCUUUAUUUUCUACACUUCCUGUUCUGCUUUGCUCAGCCAACCUGAGCCCACCAGAAAAUGUUGGAGGGACAGUGGUCAGUUUUAGAAUGAUUUAUAUUCCUUCAAAUAUGAGAGAUGGGACAUUAUAUGCUCUAGGGCUGACCCCAUUAAGUCGAUUGCUUGGUCAAUAGGCUGUUGGUCGACCAAGAUUUCUUAAGUCGAUCAUUAGCAAAAAAAAUUUAAUGUUUCAUGGUGUACAAGACACCUAUCUGAUUCGAGCCUGUCUGAGUGGAUUGAUCCAUUGAAGCUGUGGGGAUGACUCAGUCCGUCACUCUAAGACAUGUGCUACUGAAAUUGUAUAUGGUUAAGGACAAUGGUGCAACACUAAUACAAAUAAUAUUAUUUUAUAACAAAUGCGCUUUCUGACGCGUCUGAUAGCAGUCGCGGUCUGCAGUUCUGAAACAUAAGUGCACUGUUGAAUUGACAACUUUUCCUAGACCAUGUUGCUAUGUGCAUAAUAGCAAAGUUAACCAGCAUAUUGGUGUUGAGAACAAUGUGGCGGAGGCAGCAGCGGAGUUAGGAGAUGAGAACAUCCCUUGCCUUAAUUGACAAAGAAAAAGUUAGGAGAAACAUAAACCAACUGAAUUAGGCUAUUGAUUGAUUAUAGACCUAACUGUUAAAUGUGCCUGGUUUUUAUAAAUCAUCCAUAUACACUACAUAUACAAAAGUAUGUGGACACCCCUUCAAAUUAGUGGAUUCGGCUAUUUCAGCCACACCCGUUGCUGAGAGGUGUAUAGAAUCACGCACACAGCCAUGUAAUCGCCAUAGACAAACAUUGGCAGUAGAAGGGCCUUACUGAAGAGCUCAGUGACUUUUAACGUGGCACUGUCAUAGGAUGCCACCUUUGCAACAAGUCAGUUGGUCAAAUUUCUGCCCUGCUAGAGCUGCCCCAGGCAACUCUAAGUGCUGUUAUUGUAAAGUUUAAAUGUCUAGGAGCUACAACUGCUCAGCCACGAAGUGGUAGGCCACACAAGCUCACAGAACGGAACCGCUGAAGCGCGUAAAAAUCACCUGUCCUCGGUUGCAACACACUGCCGAAAUGGGUUUCCAUGGCGAGUAGCUUAAGCCUAAGUUCACCAUGUGCUGGAGUGGUAUAAAGCUCGCCGCCAUUGGACUCUGGAGCAGUGGAAACGCGUUCUCUGGAGUGAUGAAUCACGCUUCACCAUUUGGCAGUCCGACGGACAAAUCUGGGUUUGGUGGAUGCCAGGAGAACGCUACCUGCCCGAAUGCAUAGUGCCAACUGUAACGUUUGGUGGAGGAGGAAUAAUGGUCUGGGGCUGUUUUUGAUGCUUUGGGCUAGGCCCCUUAGUUCCAGUGAAGGGAAGUCUUAAAGCUACAGCAUACAAGGACAUUCUAGACGAUUCUGUGCUUCCAACUUUGUUGCAACAGUUUGGGGAAGGCCCUUUCCUGUUUCAGCAUGACAAUGCCCCUGCGAGGUCCAUACAGAAAUGGUUUGUCGAUCGGUGUAGAAGAACUUGACAGGCCUGCACAGAGCCCUGACCUCAACCCCAUCGAACACCUUUGGGAUGAAUUGGAACGCCGACUGCGAGCCAGGCCUAAUCGCCCAACAUCAGUGCCCGACCUCAAUAAUGCUCUUGUGGCUGAAUGGAAGCAAGUCCCCGCAGCAAUGUUCCAACAUCUAGUGGAAAGCCUUCCCAGAAGACUGGAGGCUGUUAUAGCAGCAAAGGUUCUACCAACUCCAUAUUAAUGCCCAUGAUUUUGAAAUGAGAUGUUCAACGAGGAGGUGUCCACAUACGUUUGGUCAUGUAGUAAGUCGCUCUGGAAAAGAGCGUCUGCCAAAUGACUAAAAUGUAAAAAUGUAAAAUGUAGUGUAUAUAUCUACAGAAAUAAGACUGAUCCUGCUUUUGUUGCCUGUUUGAGUGUUUGGUUAAUAGCCUACUUAUUCCGUGAGCACCAAGCAUCACGCAACCACACGGCGGAUAAAUAAUUUCACAAAUGUGGCUGUUUUCAAUCUUUGCUAUGUUGUAAUGAAGGCUUUACACUUUUUUUGGGGUUGGAACAGCCUUCCUGAUAUUACUUAUUUAGUGUUUACACUGUUCCAAAUUGUCAGAAAUUAUAUUUGUAAUAAUAACCCUCCUUUUUCUUGAUCCUUAGAGUGCAUCCUGUUUAGUCUUAAUACUGUUACUUACUUAGGCCUAUAUUUAAAUUCUUACAUAGGCUACUGUAUCAGUCAUUCAUUUGUUCAUGUCAUCACACAGCAUACGAGUUUUAUAAUAAAAUGAAGCAACCCUUGAAUAAUUAGCGUAAACAAUAAAUAAACCAUUCCAUUUUGGCAAUUGCAUUCACGAAUGCACGCAACUGUUUUUAAUCUUUGCUGUAAUAAAGGCUUUACAAACAAAACAACGUUACAACUAACUCUCUGGUACGCUUAUUUAUUAGUGUUUACAUUGUUCCAAACGUUCAGAAUAAUUAUGUUGUAAUCUAACAGCACCUGUUUGGCACACAAUAUGCACGCAUCACUUGCUCCAUAUCUACUUUUUCUUGAUCUCCAGUAUUUUCCACAGCUAGUCAAAUUUAUUCCACACGUCUGACUUCCCCUUUAUCUCCUGAGUAACCAGUAAACAUUCCCCCGUUUCUAGUUUGUCAUUUCCUCUGCAUCCAUUUUGCUCUCACGUGUUAUGGGUGCUAGACACAGUCACUCGCUAUCAUUUAAUUUCUUACCCAAGUCUGAGCCUGGCUCAAUCAAAUGAAAUAAAUUGCAGUCAUACUCAAUUUAGUCAUUUGUGUGACUUAAUUUUUCAUCAGACAGUGCGCUUAUGGCAUCAGACAAGCUCAGUGCAUAUCGUUGAUUUGGAUAAAACACAGGAUGUGUCCUAUAUAAGGAAAAAUACAAGUUAACAUUUCGGCCAAUCUAAGCAGAUUUCUGCGUUAGUGUGUGAAUGCAAGGUUGCCUAGCAGAUUCACAUCAACACAUUUUAGUUGGUCAUAAUUGUCUUUGUCAAGUGGCCAUAACUGUAUCUUUAUCCCGGGAUGACUGCCGGUUUGUAAUGAUCAUGUUGAUUUAUUUUUCCCAGCGGAUGUUUUGAGUGAGGAGGCCAUUCUGAAGUGGUACACCGAGGCCCACGUUGCCAAAGGAAGGAGUGUUUUCCUGGAACAAAUGAAAAAGUUUGUUGAGUGGCUCAAGAAUGCGGAGGAAGGUGAGCAUGGCUUACAUUUUACAUUACAGUUGAGUAAUUUAGCAGAAACUCUUAUCCAGAGCGACUGAAAAUCAGUUAAACUAUAGUAGAUACAAUAACCACCUCGCCAUCAUUGCAGGUAAAGCCUUCAAAAAAGCCGCUUGUCCCAUUGUCUGAUGUGACUGAGCAUGUAGUUUUGUCUGUAUUCACCAUAGCACAUUUGUCUGUGCAUGCAGUUGACUUGAAUCUCAUCUGUUUUUUCAGAAUCUGAGUCCGAGGAGGAAGAGGCUGACUAAAGAACCUCAAGCCAAAUCCAAGGCUCGUUUUCUUUUUUAG